CAAAGCAAAGGCAGGAUUAUUACGAUUUUAAAUUUACUUUCUUUUUUAUUAAAAAAGAUGUUAUUUUACACGCGUUCUGCCUUUCUAUUAAUCAAAGAAGUCAAUUAUUAUUGUUAUAAAGGAGCCAGAAUGAUUUGCAAUGCAAAAUCUGCAAAAGCUAAGAAGAAUGAGAAAAAUGUGCUUGAGCAAAGUUCAAGAUCUGAGCUAAAACCAUGGCCAAGCUACAUUCAAAAUAGAAUUGAACUUUGGAAUAAAUUUAAGACCAAGUACGAUGCGGAGCUUUCGUCAAAAGUAUCCGAGCCCAUCACCAUUACUUUACAAGAUGGUAAGGUUAUAAAUGGUGAAUCUUGGAAGACUACCCCAUAUCAGGUUGCUCAGGGAAUCAGCCAAGGAUUAGCUGAUAAUGCUGUCAUAUCCAAAGUGAAUGGAGUCCUUUGGGAUUUAGAUAGGCCUUUAGAAGAAAGCUGCAAUCUUAAUAUUUUGAGAUUUGAUAAUGAAGAAGGUCAACAGGUAUUUUGGCAUUCAAGUGCACAUAUUUUAGGAGAAGCAAUGGAAAGAAUAUAUGGUGGUUGUUUAUGCUAUGGUCCUCCAAUUGAGAAUGGUUAUUAUUAUGAUAUGUUUUUAGAAAAUGGAGGCGUGUCCAGUUCUGAUUAUUCAUCAAUAGAAAGCAUAAUGAAAGAAAUUGUUAAAGAAAAACAACCUUUUGAACGAUUAGAGUUAACUAAAGAAGAAUUACUUGAAAUGUUUCAGGUAAAAUUCUUUGAUGUGAGUAAUUGGGACGAUUACGCCUUCAAACGAGGAAGUUGGGACCUUAUCGGAACAGUAUUACUAUGCGACCCUUUGCCAAAUAUCUGCCUGCUUCUGGGUCGCAUGCUGUCGGGAGUUGCGUUUAACUAUAUGGCUGGCGUAGCUUUUAGUGGCCCGCUCAACUGUUCGUGGAGUACUCGAUAUUAUGUGGUUUUGGGACUUGACCCGUGCGGGAAGCAACAGCAGUGUAGUUCCAGAGAUCAUUGUUUUUUGCAAAGUAUUUCUUGCAGAAGAUUGCACGAAGUUAAAGUGAAUAGACUACACGUUCACAGCCCUAAACAACAAUCGGCAAUCAUCACAAGUAGACCAAUUAUAACUGUUUUUGUCUAUAUUACUCAACAUUUACACACUUCAAGUAGAGGAGUUCGUUUAUAUUACAUAGGUGGUGAAGUAUUUGCUGAAUGCUUAAGUGAUAGUAGCAUUUUUGUACAGAGUCCUAAUUGCAAUCAAAGAUAUGGUUGGCAUCCUGCUACAGUUUGCAAGAUUCCUCCAGAUUUAGAGAAUUUUUUUUUCUUUGAAAGGAAAAACAUGUUUUCAUUUGACGUAGAGAAAGAGACAUUUGCAUUGAAGCCAAUGAACUGUCCUGGUCACUGUUUGAUGUUUGAUCAUAGACCACGUUCUUGGAGAGAAUUGCCUCUUAGAAUGGCAGAUUUUGGAGUUCUUCAUAGAAAUGAACUGUCUGGAGCACUUACAGGUUUGACUAGAGUGAGAAGAUUUCAACAGGAUGAUGCUCAUAUUUUCUGCGCAAUGGAACAGAUUUCGAGUGAAAUUAAGGGAAGUCUUGACUUUCUUGAAAGUGUAUAUAGUGUAUUUGGAUUUACUUUUGAAUUGAAGCUUUCGACUCGUCCAGAUGACUUUUUAGGUGAGAUCGAAGUUUGGAAUAUGGCAGAAAAGCAACUUGAAGAAAGUUUAAAUGCUUUUGGCAAAGAAUGGACUUUAAAUCCUGGUGAUGGAGCAUUUUAUGGACCAAAAAUCGAUAUCACGAUAAUGGAUGCUUUACGUCGUCAACACCAGUGUGCAACAAUCCAAUUAGAUUUUCAACUUCCAAUAAGAUUUAAUUUAUCAUAUGUUAGUGAGACGGGAGAAAAGAAGAAACCUGUGAUUAUUCAUCGAGCCAUUCUUGGUUCAGUAGAGAGAAUGAUUGCCAUUUUGACUGAGAAUUUUGGUGGAAAAUGGCCAUUCUGGAUAUCUCCAAGCCAAUCUAUUGUUCUUUCUGUUUCAUCGUUGUUUGAUGAUUAUGCUCAGCAGGUUAGAGAUGAAAUAUUUAAAGCCGGUUUCCAAUGUGAUAUAGAGCUCGAUCCAGGACUGACGCUGAAUAAAAAGAUUCGCAAUGCCCAGCUGGCUCAAUAUAACUUUAUCUUUGUCAUAGGGGAACAAGAAAAGACAUCUGGCACCGUUAAUGUACGUACCAGAGAUAAUAAGGUCCAUGGAGAGUUUCAGAUAACAGAGGUGAUUGAACGUUUUAAGAAGUUACAGAGGGAGAGGAUAUUAAAUUCUGAAGAUUCCUUUUAAAAAUAUUCUCAUCAACAUUAAAAUUAAUCAGAUUAUAUGAAAUGUACAUGUUACAGUAUGUUUUGUUUUUAUUAUUAUUUUUUUUUAAUGAAAGUUAUUUAUGCACUUUUACUUGCAUCAGAUUGAGAUAAAAUUAUGAACAUUUAUUCUGAAAAUAUAUUAUGGUCCCAAAUAAAGACUUCCUGUAUUGGGAAAGUAAAUG